AUGAGCGACGCCUACGACACACGAUACGCUGGCCCCGGUCGGCCGCGCUCCAUAGAGGACCGGGAUACAGAUCGAGCAUCCGACCGGCACAACAAAGACAGACGAGACGAUUACUCGCGACCGCGGCAGGUAUCAGGCGCACAGCUAUUUCGGGCAUUCUGGGCUAACUUCCCUACGGGACGGCAAGAUUCUUCCAGAUCUCCUCCCAGACAAGAUUUGCACAGGAAACCUGGUUGGCAGCAGAGAGAUAUGCAGCACGAUACACAGUAUAAGGAAUACCAGCGCCACAACGGCCGCCAUGGCAACGAAACUGGCCGUCAUGACCGCGAUCGCAGGGAGCGGGAAUAUGCGCAGCACGACUAUGAAAACAUGUACGAUGACGGACCACGCGACGAUACUCGCUCCAGUCUCUACGACGAUGAGAGAGGUGCCACAAACUGCGGCAAAUCAGACUUGACAGACGAGUCGCGGCAUCGCUCGCAUUCCGGGGCAAGGUAUCGAAGCCGCUCGCGGAGUCCUGGUCGCGACGCGGGCCGGCCUUCGGAUACUGUGAUUUUAGAGGGGCUUCCACGCAGCAUCACACAAAACGAGCUUCGCGAGAGCCUCUUGAACAAUUCAAUCGCUUCAGAGAGUCCCACAUUUGACAUCCGCAUACCUUCGGCCAAAGGCCAUCGGCGUGCCUUUAUUCAGUUUGAUCAUAUCGAUCGUGCCGUCGACUUUGUUCAGGAGCACUACCCAAAGAUUUUGAUUACUCUAAGACACUCGACUGAUGAGGUACCAGAUGGUCAGUUUGAUGCAUACUUGCACUAUGCGCGAUCCAGAGAUGAUGCCGAGUCACGAGCUCCUAAUGCAGACUGGAUAUGCCCUCAGUGCGAGGCUUCAAACUUUUCCACUAGAAGCGUCUGUCGAGGCUGUGGAUGCUACCCUUCUGGUGUCCACUGGGAACAAAGCCUCACCGGCGCCGCGGAUGCCGCAGACUCUCCGUCUCAGAUUCUUGUCGUAUUUCCCCUUCCGUCAUUCGUCGACGAGGAAAUGCUCGCUCGGGAAUGUAAGCGACUGGAGCUUGAAAAAGCAGACCCCAUCAAAACAAGUGGCGAUGCUCCCAAGCUCAAAUCAACUGCUCCCACCAGCACAGGGCAAGGCUACGGCGCUUCGCAGGGCUCACUGCAUAGAGUCUUUCUCAUGCGCGACUCACAAACAAACGAAACCUUUAAAUAUGGAUUUGCUGAAUUUUGGACUGUUGAAGACGCCGCUGCGGCCGUCAAGAAAGUCACCAUGGCUCGAAACUUUAGUAUAGGCGGCUGUGCGGUGAACGUCUCCACGAUCCAUCUGGGUGUCUUCUUGCAAGAUGAUACAGAACCGACUCCUGCGACAGAAAACAUGACAUUCCACCCGCUCUUCAAUCCAUCAAUACGGGUGCGGUACAGAGAUGAACAUGUUUACCCGAGUCAGCUGAUGGUAGCGCCUGAGCCUCCGGCCAGCAUCCAAGAAAAGACGGCCGCUGAAGAUCAAGAGGAGGCGAAACGGGCAAAGAAGCGCAAGGCAGACGGCAAUCUCGGCAAUGCUGCGAAAAAGCCUCUCGCCAUGGCUGGGAAAAUGGCCAUGUGGCAGCGCAAGCAUGAUGAACUUCGUGGCCAGGACACGUCUCAAGAGGGCUCAGCUGCGGAUCCGGACGGUUCCAGGUCUCAACCGGCGAAGCUCUCAUCGGCCAACGCAACCAUCAAAAUAUCGCUUUCCUCCGCUUCCAAGCUAAUUGGUCAGUCCGAUUCACAGCCUGCUGAUGUCGAGACAGAUGCCGCGGCGCGUUUGCCAAAUAAGCCAGAUGAGGAUACAGAAGCGGCCCCAGAGUCUUACAUGGAUCGAGACCGGCUGAUGUGUCUUAUCUGUAUGCGCAAAUACAAGUCUACUGACGAAGUCAACAUCCAUGAGCGGUCACGAAAUCACAAGACGGCCAUGGAAGACCCAGAGCGAGUCAAGGCCGCCCUGCCCCGUCUCGCUAUCCGCGAUAAGCGGCUACAAAAACAGGGCAAGCCUACCGCCGCAUUAGACUCAGGUAGCGCAGGCGACGACUCGGCCGGUGCAGAUAGCCAGUAUCGUGACCGUGCCAAAGAACGACGCGAGGCGCACAGGCAACCAAAGAAGCCCGCACCUCAGACUAAGCCAGCAAAAGCGAAGAACGCUGCUUCUACCCCUGCUGUCAGUGCGGGUCCUGCAGCAUCCAAGGGUGCCAAUUUGCUGGCAAAAAUGGGCUGGACCGCUGGCGCAGGGCUCGGUGCCAAUGGCGAGGGCCGGACCGAGGUCAUUGAAACGAAUGCAUACCAAGAAGGUGUUGGUCUCGGUGCCGAAGGAAGUAACUUGGGUGACGCAGCUGAACGUGCAGGCCGGCAGACGCGAGGAGGAUAUGCCGAGUAUGUUCACUCUGUACAAGACAGAGCGCGGGAGCGGUAUAAUAAGCUUGAGUGA